AUGGAGACCUUCCUACAAGACUUCCAGCAUCUUAAAAUCCAACUGGAAGAGAUAAAGUCAGCCACUGAUACCUUUGAUAACAACAACUUCAUUGGAGAAGGUGGAUUUGGUAAAGUGUACAAAGGAGAAAUCUCUCACUCUAAGGGGAAAAGCAUGGUUGCUUUUAAGCGUCUAGAUCGUAGCCAUGGGCAAGGCGAUCCUGAGUUCUUAAAAGAGAUCCUGAUGCUCUCAGGUCACACACACGAAAACCUCAUCUCUCUUUUGGGAUUUUGUGAUGAGGAUGGAGAGAAGAUCAUUAUCUAUGAGCAUGCAGCUAAUGGAAGCCUUGAUCGUCAUCUAAGUAGCACUACUCUCACAUGGAGACAACGUCUCAAGAUAUGCCUUGGGGCUGCAACAGGAUUGUGCUACCUUCAUCAUCCCAAGGAGACACAAGAAAGAGUCAUCCACCGUGACAUAAAAAGCUCCAACAUUCUACUGGAUGAGAAUUGGAAUGCAAAAGUUUCUGAUAUGGGACUUUCGAAAGUAGGACCCGCUAAUCAACAACGAACGUUUCUUCUUGUCACCAAUGUUGUAGGCACCCUUGGUUACAUAGAUCCGAUGUAUAUGGAGACCAGCAUCCUAACCGAAGAGUCAGACGUAUACUCUUUUGGUGUGGUUUUAUUUGAAGUAUUGUGUGGGAGAAUGAAAUUAUCUUUCAAGAAAUACCGUGGAGAACGGCCGAAGAUGUGUCAUGUUGUGGAAAAACUGGAGAACGCGCUUCGCUUUCAGGAGAUUUUUGAAGAUGUGGAACAGAAACGACUCUACUAUGAAGAGAUAAGUAAGGCUGCAUCACCUCGUUUGGUCUACAGAUCCGAAGAGCAUCUAAAGAUACUUCUCUCCAAGGGAAUCUUUCUUAACAGAGGCAAAACGUGGCUUUGCUUAGAUAAGGAUGGAGAACACUGUGAAAUGAUAUCCGCAGCAGAAUGUUUGAUUCCUAUUCGCAUUGUAUCAUCCAGUUAUUAUAAACAGCAAAAGAAAUCAAGAAUAGCAGUGAAAUCAAGAUUUGCAGUGAACUACGAUAUACCAUAUUCUAGGCAAUUCAAAACACACGUCAAAACACAAUUUUUGUCAUCACAUGUCACAUACACACUAAACCUAGUGUUCCAUUCUGAUCACUACACAAGUAAUGACUAUUUGGGCCUCAAUUACGUAUUGGCUGGGGAGACAAAAUCUUCGACUGUGUACUUAGCGAAUAAGAGAGAAGAUGGAUGGUUGAUGGCUGAAUUGUAUCAAUUUAAUAGCGAUAGCAGAAAUGUUGAUUUUGAAAUUACGUUUCUGUCCAAUGAUCCAUUGUUGGUGGAAGGCAUCGAGUUUCUGCCAGUGGAAAGAGUGGAUCAUCAAGUGUUAGGGGAUGAGGAUGAGGAUAUUCAAACAGACACAUACUCAGAACAAAAAUUGCCAUGGGAAUAUGGACAAAUAAACGAGAGUGGUGAUGUGUGGCUUUCUCGUGCAAAAAAUAGGGAAACAUGUUAUAUGCUCUCAGCAAAAGUGGCUUUACUAAAAGAAGAGUGGAGAUGGAGGUCUUUACCCGAAUCAAGAUUUGAAGACGUGGCUUUUGAUCCACAUGGCAGCUUUUGGAUAUUCUUCAGCACUGAUAUGCUGUCAAGUGAAACAACAUAUGCAACUUACCUUGUUUACAGAUUAGAAGAAAACCAUUUUGGAUUUGAGCCUCCUUUGAAAGUGAAGUCUGGUGAUUACCUUGUUGGUAGGAAAGAUUCAUGGUUCAUAUAUUUACUUUUGCCUCAAAUUCCAAUUAUCAGACCAAAGGUUUAUCAAAGCACCCACAACCCAAUGAAUAGACCCCAAAGGACGUACCUUCCACAACAAAGAGAUGAUGGUUGGAUGGAAGUAAAAGUAUGGGAAUUUCGAGUGCCUUUUACCACAGAUAAUUAUUCUCAAAGCUCUUUUACGAGUAAUAGUAGUAAUUCCAAAAAUCUUCGAUUGACCCUUCACAGUGAGAACUCGCUUAAAGGCCUUAUUGUGCAAGGGAUUGAGUUUAGACCCACACAUGAAGAUGUAGGUUAUCCUGGUUAUGAUACAGAAUGCUCUUAUGAUUCCGAAUGAAUUGAUUGUAAUAGGUUGUAUUCUUUAUGAUUAGGCAUAAAUUAAUUAUAAUUAAAUAGAGUGAACUCGUUAACAGGGGUGUAUUUUUAAAUAUAAGGCUAGGGGGUGCCUCACCACCUAAGCGCGCACAGUGGUGUGAUGUGGCAUUGGUGGUGCCUCAGAUACAUUUUGUCCGACUGGUAUUCGGUGCCCAAGCAUGCUAAAUUCGCUGAUCAGUAGCCACACAAAACCCACUCACCAAUGUUUCCU